CCCACAUACCGCAAAACCUACCCCAUCGGCGCUCGCCUGAUCAAUGACGUUUGGAUCCCGAGCAGUUGGAAACCAGGACAAUCAUUACCUUUAUACAUUGAUAUCCACGGCGGUGGUUUUGCUCUAGGCGACCCUUUCCACGAUGAUGGAUGGUGUAAUUACCUCGCCGAAAAACAGAAUAUCUGCGUCGUCAGUUGUGAUUAUCGCAAAUCACCCGGCUACUAUUUCCCCACGCAAACCAAUGAUCUCGUGGAAAUCAUCACGUCUAUUCUCGAUGAUGAGACUCUUCCCGUGGAUAAAUCUAAAAUAUGCAUAGGAGGUUUUUCCGCGGGAGGAAAUUUAUCGCUUUCGGUGGUGCAGGAUAAACAGCUACAGGGCAAAAUCAAGGGGUUGUGUUUGUGGUACCCUUCUACUGAUUUCAGUGGGAAAUUCAAGGGAAAGAUGAGGGAUGGUCCAGAUGGUUCUCCAGACGUCCUAGCCAAAAGUGGAGAAUUAUUUACCUACGGUUACGUUCCUGAAGGAGUGGACAAAACAAACCCACUGCUCUCACCCAUUUACGCAGAUCGCAGCAUUUUGCCGGAGAAAAUGCUAUUCAUAGGUGCCGAAUACGACGUCCUAUGCAACGAAGCAUUGGAAGCAGCAAAACUGUUUGCCGCAGCUGAACAAGCGGAAAGGGAAGAUGGAAAUGUGGAAGAGGAUGAUAGGCAAGGGGUGGAAAGUUGGAGGAAGGGGGGUGUUUGGUGGGAAAUGGUCAAGGGGGUGCAGCAUGGGUUUAAUUAUAUUAGGAAGAAGGAGGGUGGGGCUGAGAGGGAG